AUGCCACGUACACACCAAGAUCUUCGUCGUCGCUACUUUCAUCGAAUUCAAAUAAAAGGAGACUGCGAAAAGAGGGAGGAACCACAGCCGGUUAAUAAACCACUUGCUCCACAGGAAUACGGUCAUGAUAUAAUACCAAUCGCUCCAUAUUUUCCAAGACGGAGGCUGUCGUUAUCUUCGACUGCAAGUAAGACUAGGAAGAAAAUAUGGUGGAGUGACAAUGACAGCGUUCACAGAACGAUUUCACCUGUCACUGUGGAAAGGAUUAGCUUGUCACCGUCCUCAGACUCACCUAAUUCGAUAGAGAAGCCAGUAUCAAAACGUCGAGUGGCAAAAAUCAAGAAAACGGCAGUAAAGCCGGCAGAUGAUUUUGACCACGAGAGAUGGUUAGAGCAUUCAAACAAGCAAAAAAUGGAAAAACGGAGGAAAGAGGAAAAACGAAGGCGUCUUGAAUUUGAGAGGAAACAAAUCGAAGAAGAAAAUCGAAGACUAAUCGAGGAGCGCAAGCGCUAUGAAGAACAAUGGCGAACCAUUCAGGAAAGGCAGAGACGACCUAAGAAAAAGACCAGUGUGAAAGUGGUCAGAAACAGUCCAUAUCGCAAGAAACAGGUCAAGAAGAACAAAACUCUGCCACCUCGUCCUAAGGCUAGAAGUAGAACACCGACAAAGAAGCGGAUAGCACCAGCGCAAAAAGUUCGAAGGCCCAAGAAAAAAUCUAAAGUAAUUGUCAAACGUCCUUGGGCUUACGUUGGCGACCCAACCUUACGUGCCUACAGGACACGGGAACAGUCAUAUUUGAGUGAUUUCCACUUUUAA